AUGGACGUUAACGCGCGCACAAUCUCUGUGCGCUCCCGGUCACCUUACCCGUCUGCUCCGAAACUCUCGAAACCCAUGCCGAAUGAAGACUCAAUGUCUGUGGAGAUGGCGGAGAUCGGUGAAGUCAAAUCAGCAAAAGAGGAGGAUGCAGAGGGCAGCAAUACAGGCUCUAUCGAACCCACUUUGCCUCCAGGACGCAUAAAUCAUUAUAAGGCGAACAUCCAGUUCGCAGCCAUGUGUUUGUGUCUGUUUCUCGCUGGUUGGAACGAUGGCACUACUGGUCCGCUACUCCCGCGCAUACAGAAAGUGUAUAAUGUCGGAUUCGCUCUGGUAUCAUUGAUUUUUGUGUUCAACUGCGUGGGAUUCGUAGUUGCGGCGGCUGCAAAUGUCGCACUCACUGAUAAAUUUGGUUUUGGAAUUGUGAUGGUGAUAGGAUCGGUUGCCCAAGUGAUAGGAUAUGCGCUCGAAGCCCCAGCACCACCCUUCCCGGUCUUCGUCAUGGGUUACGCCGUCAACGGGUUCGGCUUAGCCCUGCAGGAUGCAGGCGCAAACGGCUAUGUUGCCAGCCUUGCCCACAACUCAGCAACACGGAUGGGCAUAUUGCACGCCGUGUACGGCGUAGGUGCGCUGUCGUCACCCCUUGUGUCGACACAAUUCUCGCAGCUUCCUCGGUGGUCCCUUCAUUACCUAGUGUCGCUCGGCAUAGCUCUUGCGAAUACCGUCUUUUUGAUCGCCGUUAUCCGAUUCAGAACACAAGACGAGUGCCUAGCAGACAUAGGACAGGCCCCUGCCGACCACUCAGCACUGUCAAACAGCGAAGACAGCAAGUACAAGCAAAUUUUCCGUUUGCGGCCACUGCACCUUCUGGCAUUCUUCAUCCUAGUCUACGUCGGUGUUGAAGUAACCAUAGGAGGCUGGAUCGUUACUUUCAUUAUCAAUGUACGUGAAGGCGGUCCGUCUUCUGGCUACAUUUCCUCCGGAUUCUUUGGCGGACUUACCCUGGGUCGGGUGGCCCUACUCUGGCUGAACAAACUGAUUGGUGAACGCCGCGUAAUAUUCCUCUACAUGCUUCUGGCUAUCGCUCUCGAACUCGUCGUAUGGCUCGUGCCCUCCCUGAUCGGGGGCGCCGUUGCAGUGUCUUUUGUAGGCAUGUUCCUCGGGCCCAUCUACCCGAUCGUCAUGAACCAUUCCGGGCGCAUACUUCCGCCGUGGCUUCUCACUGGGUGUAUCGGAUGGAUUGCUGGCUUCGGACAGGCAGGCUCCGCUUUUUUCCCACUCCUGGCUGGGCUGCUGGCGUCACGCGAAGGUAUCAAGAGUCUGCAGCCGUUGCUUGUGUCCAUGAUGUGCUUCAUGUUCUGUUUGUGGGCGCUCGUGCCUAGCACCCCGCGCCGGUUUGAGUAG